CUAACAUUAAGACACAAGAGAGAACUCAAACAUGGGAGAAACGACAUAAAUGUAUGGAAUGUGGAAAGGGCUUCAACCGGAGUGACCACCUGACUGCACAUCAAAGGAUUCAUACAGGGGAGAAGUCAUACAAAUGCCUGGAGUGUGGGAAGAGCUUCAGUCAGAGCAGAAGACUUACUUCUCACAAACGCAUUCACACAGGAGAGAGACCAUAUACAUGCUUGCAGUGCGGGAAGAGCUUCAGUGAAAGUGGAAACCUUAAUUCACAUCAAAUGAUUCACAGUGGGGAGAAACCAUAUAAAUGCUUGCAGUGUGGAAAAAGCUUCCGUCAUAGUUCAAAACUGACUGCACAUCAAAUUAUUCACACCGGGGAGAAACCAUAUACAUGUUUUCAUUGUGGCAAAAACUUCAGUCAGAGUUCAAACCUUGCUUCCCAUCAGAGGAUUCACACAGGAGAGGAACCAUAUAAAUGCCUGCAGUGUGGAAAGAGUUUCAGAUGGAGGGAUAAUUUAAGUUCACAUCAAAGAAUUCACACAGGGGAGAAACCAUAUAAAUGCUUAGAGUGUGGAAAGAGUUUCAUAAGGAGUGCCAACCUCACUUCACAUCAAAUGAUUCACACUGGGGAGAAACCAUAUAAAUGUCUGGAAUGUGGAAAGAACUUCAGAAGGACUGCAGAACUUACUUUUCACCAGAGGAUUCACACAGGCAAGAAACCCUAUAAAUGCUUGGAAUGUGGAAAGAACUUCAGCUGGGGUGCAGAACUUACCUCUCACCAGAGGAUUCACACUGGGGAGAAACCAUAUAAAUGCCUAGAAUGUGGAAAGAGCUUCAGUAGGAAUGACAAUCUAAGUUCACAUCAAAGGAUUCACACAGGAGAGAAACCAUACAAAUGCCUGGAGUGUGGAAAGACCUUCAGUCGGAUUGCAAACCUGAUUUCCCACCAAAGGAUUCACACAGGGGAGAAACCAUAUGAAUGUCUAGAGUGCGGGAAGAGCUAUAGUCACAUUAAUAGCCUUACUUCUCACCAAAGGAUUCACACAGGGGAAAAACCAUAUAAAUGCUUGCAGUGUGGAAAGAGCUUCAGUGAGAGUGCAAACCUUAUUUCACAUCAGAGAAUUCACACUGGGGAGAAACCAUAUAAAUGCUUGGAAUGUGGGAAGAGUUUCAGUUGGGGUGCAAACCUUGCUUCACACCAAAGGAUUCACACGGGGGAAAAACCAUAUAAAUGCUUGCAAUGUGGGAAGAGCUUCAGUCAAAGAGCACACCUUACUUCCCAUGAAACCAUUCACACUGGGGAGAGGCCAUAUAAAUGCUUAGAGUGUGGAAAGAGCUUCAAUAGAAGUUCAAAUCUCCAUUCUCAUCAAAGUAUUCACACAGGUGAGAAACCAUAUAAAUGCUUAGAGUGUGGAAAGAGCUUUAAUAAGAGUGCAAACCUUAUUUCUCAUCAAAUGAUUCAUACAGGGGAGAAACCAUACAAAUGCUUGGAAUGUGGAAACAGUUUCAAGUGGAGUACACACCUUACUUAUCAUCAAAGUAUUCACACAGGGAAGAAACCCUAUAUAUGCUUAGAGUGUGGGAAAAGCUUUACUCAGAGAACAAACCUUACUUACCACAAAAGGAUUCACACUGGGGAGAAACCAUAUGAAUGCUUGGAGUGUGGAAAGAGCUUCCGAACAAAUACAGACCUUACUUCUCACCAAAGGAUUCACACUGGAGAGAAACCAUAUAAAUGCUCAGAGUGUGGAAAGAGCUUCAGAAGGAAUACAGACCUUACUUCUCACCAAAGGAUCCACAGCGGGGAGAAACCAUAUACAUGUUUGCAGUUGUGCGGGAAGAGCUUCAGCCAGAGAUCUCACAUCAUUACACAUGAGAGAACCCAUACGGGAGAGAAACCGUACAGGUGUUCAGACUGUGGGAAAAGCUUCAACCGCAGGGCGAACCUCAUGGCCCACGAGAGAACCCACACAGGGGAGAAACCAUACGAAUGUUCAGACUGUGGCAAAUGCUUCAGCCAGAGCUCAUGGCUGAUGGCGCAUAAAAUAAUCCACACCGGCGAGAAGCCCUACAAGUGCCAGGACUGUGGGAAGUGUUUCAAUCACCGGUCGAGCCUCAUUAAACACGAGCGGUCCCAUUCGGAAGAGAAACCUUACGCUUGCUCGGACUGUGGGAAGUCUUUCAACGAGAGCUCCAAGCUUAUCAAGCAUCAAAGGAUUCACACAGGAGAAAAACCAUAUAAAUGUCUCCAGUGUGGAAAAAGCUUCUGCUUUAGGUCCAGCCUGAGUCAACACGAGAGAACACACACGGGGGAGAAGCCGUAUGAAUGCUGUGACUGCGGGAGAAGCUUCAGGCAGAAGUCACACCUCAUCAGGCACGAGAGGAUGCAUACUGGUGAAAAACCCUACAACUGCUUGGACUGCCCGAAAAGCUUCAGCCGCAGCUCAGCUCUCGUUGAACACAAAAGGAUUCACACAGGAGAGAGGCCGUACAUGUGCUCGCACUGCGGGAAGAGUUUCAACCAACGCUCGUACAGUCUCAUCCACGAGAGAAGCCACACAGGGGAGAAGCCAUAUAAAUGCUUAGACUGCGGGAAAAGCUUCAACCAGAGAUCGCACCUUGGGAUACAUGAGCAGACCAAUCCCAGCGAAACACCUUAACAUUCCCUUUUUUGUUCUGAAAAUUUGUCAGAUGAGAGCUCUGAACUUUAACAGAAGCUACAGCACAGACACGAACCAGAAACAAAGAGUGGGAAAGGUUUAGA